AUGGCUUCUGCUUUUCCAAACGGCUCACAACUUUAUGUUCAAUCAACUACAGCAAGACGAGAUCAAUAUUUUGUUAUUACAAUAACAAAUUAUCCAAAUUUACUACAACAUACACAACACUUUCAACAGUUACCGAAUCAACAAUGGCAACAACACUUGCGAGGUGGUAUGCUAUCACCAAAUGUUCCAAUUCAUUUUGGUAUACCUCAUACGGAAGAACAUGAAACAAUAUUAUAUAAUACAUUACGAUUCGAAUUAGAAGAAUGUAUAAAAGCAUAUCUUCAACGAACUGGAAGAUCAUAUCCAAUUAAUUACAUUCACUUAUUGACGAUUAAACGAUCAAUUAUGGAAUUUGACUCGAAAGAUUUCAAAUUAAUUCUUACGAAUUUAUUAAGUGAACAUUCAAUGCAAAUUGAUACGAACGAUUUUAAUGAUAUAUGUAAAACUGAACCUAUGGAAAUAUCUAAUGUUACUGAACAAGAAAUAUCUUCUACAAAGGGAAAGAAGACAGAUAUAUCUGAUAUUAAGUCUCAGCGAUUUUGUCUUGUUAUAUUUAAUAACUCCAAAUGGUCUCAAAUUUUGAAUAAUAAAUCAAGUAAUCAACACCAAAGAUUGCAAGCAACACUCAAUUGGUCUAUAGAAUCAGUAGUAAAAAAUGAAAAACAAGAUAGAUCUUUGGAUGAUCAAUUUAUUGCUCAAUUACGACAACUCAUUAAAGAAUAUAUGCAACAUACAACACGACCAUUACCACUCAAAUAUUUCCUGGAUCUAACUGAAAAAUGA